AUGAAAAAUUUUAAUAUUGAUCUUAAAACAAAAGAAAAUAUGUUACAAGAAACAAUAAAUAAUUGGAAAAUUUAUUAUAAUUUAUAUGAUUCAUUAGAAAAAUGGUUAAAUGAAGGUGAACAUGUUCUUCGACGAUCAUCAGAAGAAAAAUUUGUAAGUAUUAAAAUAAUUUUAUCCUUGAAAUAAAUAAAUAAAUAAAUUAUUCUUAUGAGAAUUCAUAUUUUAAUUAUAUAAGGUUUCAAAUAACAAACAUAGAAGGAAGAAAUGAAGCAUCUUUUUUGCGGGUGUUAUGAUUAUGUCUUUGAUUUUAUAUAAGAUGUUUUUAAAAUGUCUCAUUUUAUUAUAAUAACUAG